AUGGUCCAUUCGGCUAUGAAAGAAAUCAAAAUUCAACGUAAUGAUCAAGAGAGAGCAACAAACGCCGAGUAUAUUGUUACAACUAUAUUUCUAGUGUGCAUCUCUUCAGCUUCUAUAAGGUUGCAUCUUAGUACUCAUUAUUUUCCGGACAGAAACCGCACUGAUAACCAGCUUAGCUCCGUAUCUUUUGCCCGUUCUGCUCCCCAUUAUAAUCAUCUUAGUACUCAUUAUUUUCCGGACAGAAACCGCACUGAUAACCAGCUUAGCUCCGUAUCUUUUGCCCGUUCUGCUCCCCAUUAUAAUCAUCUUAGUACUCAUUAUUUUCCGGACAGAAACCGCACUGAUAACCAGCUUAGCUCCGUAUCUUUUGCCCGUUCUGCUCCCCAUUAUAAUCAUCUUAGUACUCAUUAUUUUCCGGACAGAAACCGCACUGAUAACCAGCUUAGCUCCGUAUCUUUUGCCCGUUCUGCUCCCCAUUAUAAUGUGCACAACGAUGUUCUAUUUUUAUAUAUAUAUUAUAUCUUUUCAUUUCUUAGCAUCUUAGUACUCAUUAUUUUCCGGACAGAAACCGCACUUUUGAUUAGCCUUACUCUACGCAUCUUGCUCCGUAUCUUUUACCCGUUUUGCUCGCCAUUAUGA